CCUUCCUCCACAAGCACUCCAACAUACACACCCGUCAGCCUCUACUGCUCAAGCCAAGAAUCAAUAAUGAUCGUCAGCACCUCUGCAAUUGCCGGGUUCGCCAUGCUCGCGACCGCAAUUACGGUGCCUAAACUCGAGAUGCCCAGCAGCCUUGCAAGCAGUCUGUUCGAGCCAUCCAAUACCCAGUCACUCGCUCCUCUCGACUCGGCUGCCAGCGAGCCUGCUGCUGCGACUGAACGCCCAACCUCCUCUGGCAACGAGCGCAUUAUCGGCGGAUCAUUUGCAGCUGACGGCCAGUUCCCUUACCUUGCCUCGCUCCAGUUGACCUGGGGACGGGGCACAGGCCUCUGCGGCGGCACUAUCAUUGCCGACACCGUUAUCGUGACUGCAGCCCAUUGCGUCGUGGACCUCGAUAGCGGCGCGCUCAUCCGUGCCAACCAUAUCAGUGUCGGAAUUGGUAAUGUGGAAAAGUCAAAACAGCGAAACGUACGGGCCACUGCUGUUUAUGUGCACCCGCGGUUUGACCCGAACGAAAUCGUCAAUGAUAUUGCUAUUAUCAUCACACCUAGCCUGGGUGUUGGCUACGGGGGUGUGCAGCAGAUCAAAAUCUAUGGCGGCAACAUCUCGUCUGGUACCAGACUCACUGCGCUCGGCUGGGGUCAGUCAGGCACUAACCCAAAUGUCGACAGUACCACAAACCGCCUCAAGCAGACCGAAAUCAUUGUCGGGAACCGUAACGAUUGCAAGCAGUUCAUUAGGGGCUACCAGUCUAGCAAUGGCCCCCAGAUCUGUACUGAGAAUAGGCUAUUGCUGGGUUCCGAUACGUGCCAGGGUGACUCGGGUACAGGCGUUGUCAUCAAUGUUAAUGGCAACCAAUAUUUGGCAGGGCUUACGAGCUACGGCUCGAACCUUAGUGGCGACCCAACCUGUGCGUUGAAUGAUGGAUUCGGCGUCUAUACACACGUUAACUACUACUUAGGCUUUAUUUCGAGUGUCACUGGAAUUCCUACGUACAAAUUCCACUAAUCCAAUAACUCAUU